UAAAAUAUCAGCAGCUGUGGUAUGGGAUGUCAUUUUGAUGACUAAACAUUCUGCAUAACAUCUCUGUCUGUGUUCCACAGAAGAAAUAAAGUCAUAUGGGUUUGGAACGACAUGAGGAUGAGUCAAUGAUGUCAGAAUUUACAUUUUUGAUUAUGGCGCCCUCUAAGAUGAAGUUGCGUGUGAGGAAGAAAGAAAGUGGUGGCAGAUCUUCUCAGCGUUUAUUGGCUAAUGCUUCUCCAGACUCCAAAUGCCCCAUCUGUCUCGACAGCUUCAAAAACAUGGCAUCGCUGGACCGCUGCCUGCACCGCUUCUGUUUCCGCUGCAUCCACGAGUGGUCUAAGAACAAAGCGGAGUGUCCACUCUGCAAGCAGCCGUUUCACUCCAUAUUCCACUCUGUCAAAGGUGAAAACGAUUUUAAGGAGUUUGUCCUGCGGCCAGCGGAGAAUUUAGCUCCAAACGGCGCCGCAGCUGGACGUGUGCUCCGCCCACGAGUGCUCCGAGGUAGAGAGAGGCGGAGCCGUAGGUUGCAACAGCCAGCCCCCUCCUCUCCCCCUCCAGUAGAUGAUGACGUGAUGUUUGGCGGUUUGACUGACGCAGCAGCAUUUACGGACAACCAAGGCCUGGAGCAAAUGGUGAUGCGACUGAGAGCACGCCGACGGGGGCAUGGCGAGAGCCGGAGACUGAGGCGUUUGCGAGACCAGGAUGUGGUGGCGUUCCGGCGCGCACUUUACAGGACUGGCGUACGUGUGCGGAACACAAGAGACGUGGGAAGGCAGAGGGAAGUUUCGGCCGCGUACUUGCGGCAGAAUCCCACGUGUUUGCACCGGCUGUUGCCGUGGCUGCAGCGUGAGCUGACGGUGUUGUACGGUUCGCACGGCUCACUGGUGAACAUCGUGCAGCACAUCAUCAUGUCACGUAUCACGAACUACAACAUGGAGGACUCGGCCAUCCGGGACGAGCUCCGCCCCUUCCUGCUGGCACGCACUGACCACUUCCUGCAUGAGUUGGUGAGUUUUGCCCGGUCGACCCUCAGCAUGGAGGCGUAUGACCAGCAGGCCAUCUACGAUUGCCCCGCCCCCAGUUACGAGGAGGGAAGCAGCUCCGACGACUCUGUUAUCGCCAUCUCUGAGGAUGAUGAUGAUGACAAUAAUGACAGUGAGGACAAUGUCAUAGAGAAUCCCUCAAUUGUCCAGGAACACCUUCUGUCCAUUCCCACAGCAAGCGGCACGGAAAGUUUGCUGAGCCAGUCUGCGUGGGAUGACGAAACGCCUGGUCCCUCCUACUCAACCCUCCUCCCCUCGUCCAGCCUAUCACAGGAUGAAGGGGUGGAGCCAGGCUCAAGCACAGCCCUAGUCCUAAAUGCCAUGAAAAUGACUGACCCUGCCGCGAGUGCCAGCGUGUCAGCCAGACCAGGUGAAGAUGACGAGGAAGAGUGCCUGAUUGUGGGAUAUGUGAAGCCCAUGGCCGAGCGGACACCUGAGCUUGUUCAGCUCUCAUCUGAUUCUUCUGAAGAGGAGCAAGAGGCGGCUGCCACAGAUGCGAUGGCAACAGUAACAAAAUCAGAGACAUCCCAGGUGCAGGCCCCGUCACAGUCCCAUGGGAACCCGCUUGGCCCUGGCUCCUCUCCAGGCCCCGCUCGCUCAUGCAGUCCCCAGCAUAUACACUCAGACUCGCAUAACAGGGAAAGAGCGACGCAGAGUCACUCCCCUUCCUCCCGUGGGCAUCAUACGCAUCGUCACCAGCAUCGAUCCAGGGAGGGUUCACGGUCACAUUCACAGCGAAAUCAAGAUCGUUCUGGGUUCAGCUGUCACAGGAGGCGCAGAGACCACUCGCAUCGGCGGUCAGACAGCAAGAAGAGUGAUGAGAGUUUGGAACGGUCACAGCACGCAAGCAAUCCAGGGCACUCGCCAAGUCAAACGCUUUUGCACCAGAGUUGGUCAGGCCAGAGUCCAACGAUGUCCAUUUGGAAUGGAAACGAAUGCUCGCCCAUCAGAAACAACACGAGCAGCGACAGGAGCCAAGAGUGCUCACAACAUGUGAAAGACAGAUGCUCGCAAUCUCCUUCGGACUGGGAGAAAGAGCGAGGGAGGACUAGAACAAGGAAAAGGAUCAGUAAGUCUCCUGACUUGGACUCCUUUCUUGAUAUCCACCAUCACCGCUAUCGCUCUCGCAAGUCGCAUCGUUGCCAUAAACGCCGCAGACGGUCCAUCAGCAGCAGCAGUAGUGAUGACUUGCACUUAGAAAGAUCCUGCCUGGACAAACCCAGCGGCAAACGCAAGUACAAAACCCGCCACUUAGAGCGAGCUGCCCAGCGGCAGCACAAGGAGGGAACAACAUCCAAGGUAAAACGGCCAGGACACAGAGAACGACGGCACAGCCGGGAAUGCCCACAAAGUCGGAGCCCUAGUGUGGAGAUUAUCUAUGAACGAAGGGUGCCUGACAUGCAUUGGCACCAGCGAAGGAAGAAGAGGCACCGAAAAAGGCAGAGGGAACAGCGCUCACCUACGGUGAUCACUAUUGACAGCGACAGCGAUCGUACCAUUGACUGUCUGGACCGUGUCAUGGACAUUAUAGACCAAACCGCAUCAGGUGGUGAUGACGAGCAGAGGGACAAUACUGCUCAGCAAAAUAUUGGUGCAACUUUGCCCUCUACGAAUACCCUUCUAGAGUCCUCAAGCCCUGUAAGCCACAGUGACUUGGUCUCUCCUGACCAUAUGCUAGUCCUGGAUGACUGCGUGGUGGAUGUAGUUGAUCAUAACAGUUCUGAUGCUCUCAACUGCACCCAGAAUACAGACACCAACAGUUUGGAUGCAGAUAACCUCUUGGAGUCUGUGCCAGACCCUUUCUCAGUGGUUUCAGUGGCGACGACCCCGCCAUCGGACACAGGGUUGCUAGAAUCUAUUUUGCAAGAUCUUAAAGAAUUUCUACCGGGGUUAAACUAAGAGGCAGAGCCAAACAACUUGUGAGUCCUCUUGGAAGUACUCUUAGCCUACAAGAAAACACUGUUAGCCCUCAAAGGGACCAAUCAAACAUAAGAGGAGAAGCAGAGGGCUUGGAAAACAAGGGCACGGACAAGAGACGGAGGCCAACACUGCUUGCUAGAACUCAAACUCAUGGUCUUGUUCCAGACACACUGUAAUUAUGCUUGUCUGAAUGCUUAGCCAGAAACUUGUGUUGCUUUUUAUAGACUCAAGGACUGCUUAAGAAUUUUUUUUUUGUCAUUUGCAAUGUUAUUAUUGUUAUUAUUAAUGUUGUAUUUAUAGUUUUCCUCUGCCUCGAACCUGGUGCUUACUCACUGUGCCACAGUCUGCUCUUAAACCAACAAAACCCCAACAAUGGUCUUGUCUGGAUGGUAACGCUCAUGCUGCUAAACUCAUGCAAGACUUACCCCAACUCCCAUCCUAAAGGCCAAAGUAUAAUUUGGUUUUCCACAUGCCAGGACGACUCGCGCACAAUGCGCAUGACGCAAAUUUCUUUGUUACAGUAUGUCGUUGACUGUGCUACAAGAGUGUCACAAAGCAGUCAUAGUGCACUUUGUAAGCGCAUGCUGAAAAACAAGGUAUACCCUAGCCUUAAGGGGUCGUUUAUACAGGAUAUGCUCCAAAUACACGUCUGCUCUUAAUAGUCCUGUGUAAACAGCCCUGCGAGAGUUUCAGCAUCACAAGGUUUACCAUCUAGACAUUCCCCUGAACAACCCUUCUUAACCUUUUGGAGAAUUGUGUCUUUGUUAAACUCAGGGAACAGGUGAAGUGCAUCCAUGCCUCUGUUACGCAGUAUGCGUGUGUGCUUGCGUAUGUGGUAAUAUGACGAAACCCUGGAGAAAUUGUUCACUGGUCAUGUCUACUGAACGCACAACAAGCCUUCUUUACAAUUGCUGUCAUGUCAGCAAUCACUCAAUAAAUUCAUGAAAUAGAUGUACAUCCAGCAUUGAGGAGGAACAGACGACGGUGCAGGUUGACCAAUCAGAAGAAAGGGGUGUUUCAGGCCACACCCAUAAGUCAGCACGUGCUACACCACCCAGCUCCUGGCUGUCUGACGUCCUUCGUGAACAUCGGACUGACCUCAGGGCAGCUGAGAGGAGAUGGUGGAAAUCUAAAGAUCCAGCAGAUCUAAGAAAGUAUCAGUCUCUGCUUGCAACUUUUUCAGAUAACGCUAAAUUUGCAAAAACCUCCUAUUACCAGAACAAGAUCAACAGCACCACAGACACUCGCAGCUUGUUUAGAACAUUUUUUACUAAUAAGGUUACAACCAUCAGCAAUACAUUCUCAGCACCACACCCUGUCAAACACCCGUCUCCUGUAUGCAACUCUUCUGUCUCCAUGUUCUCUCCUCUGACUGACACUGAGGUCUCUAAACUCCUCCUCUCCAACCACCCCACCACCUGUUCCCUUGACCCCAUUCCUUCUCACCUUCUCCAGGCCAUCUCUCCAUCCAUACUACCUGCACUCACACACAUAAUUAACACAUCUCUACUUACAGGCACUUUUCCCACUACAUUCAAGCAGGCUAGAGUAGCCCCGCUGCUGAAGAGACCCGCACUUAACCCUACACUAGUAGAACACUACAGACCAGUUUCUCUCAUCCCAUUCAUGGCAAAAACACUUGAAAGGGCAGUUUUCAAUCAAAUCUCUGCCUAUCUCUCACAGAACAAGCUGCUGGAUGACAAUCAGUCAGGCUUCAAAAGUGGACACUCCACCGAGACUGCCCUGCUGUCUGUCACUGAGUCGCUGAGACAGGCGAAAGCUGAAUCCAGAUCAUCCGUCCUGAUUCUGCUGGGUCUUUCUGCAGCCUUUGACACAGUCAACCAUCAGAUCUUACUCUCCACCCUCUCUUCGCUGGGCAUCACAGGAACUGUGCUUGACUGGUUUAACUCCUAUCUCUCAGGUAGAUCCUUCAAGGUAGCCUGGAGAGGUGAGGUAUCCAAGCCACAUCAGCUACUUACUGGGGUACCUCAGGGCUCAGUGCUUGGGCCACUGCUCUUCUCUAUAUACACAACAUCACUGGGACACAUCAUUGAGGCACAUGGUUUCUCUUACCACUGCUACGCUGAUGACAUGUAACUCUACUUGUCUUUCCAGCCCAACGACACCACAGUGACUGCUCAAAUUUCUGCCAGACAUCUCGGCCUGGAUGAAGGAGCACCACCUGCAACUCAACCCAACCAAGACUGAACUCCUUGUCUUUCCAGCCAACCCUGCUGUUGAACACAACAGCACCAUGCAGCUGGGUGCAACUACAGUAACGCCUUCCAAAUCAGUCAGAAAUCUAGGGGUAACCAUCGACAACAGACAAAAUUUCACAGACCACAUCUCAAAGACCGCACGAUCAUGUAGAUUUACACUCUACAAUAUCAGGAAGAUAAGACCCUUCCUCUCUGAACAUGCCACACAACUGCUUGUCCAGUCACUUGUCAUAACUAGACUGGACUACUGUAAUGCUCUCAUUACAGGCCUCCCUGCAUGUGCAAUUAGACCCCUGCAAAUGAUCCAGAAUGCAGCAGCACGUCUGGUCUUUAAUGAACCAAAGAGAGCUCAUGUUACACCACUCCUUGUCUCUCUUCACUGGCUGCCAGUUGAUGCACAUAUCAAAUUCAAGGCUCUGAUGCUGCAUACAGAACGGUCACUGGGUCUGCUCCAGCAUACCUAAAAUUAUUUCUGCAGAUCUAUGCGCCCACUAGAAGCCUGCGGUCGGCUAAGGAACGUCGCUUUGUUGUACCAACAAAAGAGGCACCAAAACACUUUCCAGGACUUUCAGCUUCAUCGUACCACGUUGGUGGAACGACCUUCCCAACUCCAUCUGUGAAGCUGACUCACUUUCUGUUUUCAAAAAUCUUUUCCACGUGCACUUAACCAGUCAUUAAAAAAAAUAAAAAUUUCCUGUUGCACUUUAUUCUGUUUUGAAUACUAUUAUGUUGCAAGUGAAACUUUGUAAUACGGCACUUUUUCAUACCACUGUCUCCUUAAGAUGAUUCGCUUAUGUGUUCCUCUUUUGUAAGUCGCUUUGGAUAAAAGCGUCUGCCAAAUGAAUAAAUGUAAAAUG